AUGCAAUGCACCAAGCACUGGCAGGCCGUGGGAUCGCAAGCGGCGGGAUCUGCGCCCUCACUGUACACUGGGUUUUCUGAAACCCUCAAAUUGAUGAGGUGCUGUCCACGCAUUCCGAGACAGGAGCACUGUGGCCAGCAGGAGGAGGGCGGAGCAGGAGCAGGAGCAAGGGAGGGAAUCAAGCCAGGGACGGAGGAGGAGCAGAAGGAGGAAGUUCAGGUGUGCCAGGCGCCUGCACGGCGCAUCAGCAGGGCGAGAGUGCACGACCAAACGCCGAGGGCACAAGGGUUCGACCAAACGCCGAAGGCGAAAGGGCUCGACCAAACGCCGAGGGCGAGAAGGCUCGGCCAAACGCCGAGAGCGAGAGGCCACGGCCAAACGCCGAGCCAAGAUGACGAAUCAAACAUGUGA